UAAAUGAUCUGUCCGCUGCUGCUGCAGAGGCUGAUCCUGAUCCUCACCACGGAAAGCAGCGAGAGUUCUGAACAGCUAAGCUGGAGUUUUUAAAAACAGAUGCUCAUUUUUUUUGUCGAGGAAUCAGUUGCGACUGAGUCGGAUCAGCUGGAGCAGCUCAAUGGCAGCGUUCUGCAGGAGAAACACUAUUGGAUCUUCAGACAUGGAAAACUUGGUGUGUACACUCAGUUCAGCCGAGGAAGUAGAAGACCCAUCAGUCAUGAAAGACCUCUGUAGGUCUGGAGAUGGUGAAGCUAUUCAAUUUAAGGUCUCUGGGCAUCAGACAGCACUUCACCGUAGUGCCAUCUUAGGAAACAGUGAGACCAUGGCUGGUCUGAUAGCUGGAGGCUGUGCUCUGGACCUGCAGGAUCCACUUGGAAACACAGCACUCCAUGAGGUGUCCUGGCAUGGAUUCACACAGUGCGUCAAACUGCUCGUUAAGGCCGGAGCUGACAUGCAAGUCAAGAACAAGGCAGGAAACACGGCGCUUCACCUGGCCUGUCAAAACGCACAUGCUCCCACCGCUCAGCUUCUUCUGCUUGCAGGCUCAAAUCCUGAAGCCAAAAACAAGGUGGGUGAUACCUGUCUGCAUGUAGCUGCUCGUUACAACAACCUGAACCUGCUGAAGAUCCUGCUGAGAUCACAGUGCUGCUUGAAUGAGACCAACCAGAAUGGAGACACAGCUCUGCACAUAGCUGCAUCUCUGAACCACAGUAAAGCAGUUCAACUUUUACUGUCAGCCGGUCUUGAUGUAACAGUCCGGAACAAAGCAGGAAAAACAGCUCUGGACAAAGCCAGAGAAAACCAGAACAAAAAGGUGGUUCUCCUGCUCUCCAAAACUCCUCAGGUACGUUAUAUGAGGAGAAAGACGAUGAAGAGACCCAGACUAAGAGUUCCUACAGGACCUGCUAAAGACAGCAGCUGUGGGAUGGAGCAAACUGACCCCAGAUCAGAUGGUAAGGAUCUGAAUAAGGAAGACCUCCGUUCAGAAAGGAAACACAACCAAGUGCAGGAAGAUGAGUUCUGGGGCUGUGGAGAAACCUUGCAACUUUACACUCUAUACAGAGACACGGAAGGUAGAGUUCAACAGACUCCUGCAAGCUGCUGCCUCUGUAAGUCUCUUUUGAAGAAGCUGGGGGAUAAUCUGAAGACCACAGAGGAGGAGCUAAGGUUGCAGAUCCAGAAAGUCAAGGAGGAGCUUCAAAGACAGAUGGAAAGGGUGGAGCGACAUAACAAACACCAGCUUAGGGUGUUGGACAUGUUGAUCCAGGAGAAAGCAGCAUCUGAAAGGAGGAGCAUGAUAUGCAGGAUGGAUCAGAGAGCAGCAGAGGAGCGAGCAGAAGCUCUGAGGAACCAGGCUGUUCUGAGAAAUGAGCUGAAGACCUGGUGUCUGUCUCUGCUGGAGUACAUGAACAUCCCAGUGCCAGCUGAGAUCCAGUACCAGAACCUGCUGCUGCCGCCUCCAUCUGCUGCAGAAAGUGACCUGGAGUCAGUGCCUCUGCUGUUUUCUGAAGACAGCAGCCCCACUGUGUCCAGAAGCAACUUAAGACCCAGAUGUUCUGAGAUUUCAAAAUCAGCUGAGCAGAUUGGGAACAGGACCUACUUCGAGAUGAAGAAGGACAAGUGUGUGGCAGCAGAUCAGAACCUAAACUCAGAAACCUCAGCUGACCUCCCCACAGUCUCUGCUGCCCCCUUCUGCAACUCUGCAGCACUGCAUGACAAUACUGACUCAUUUUUCAAAGAGAAACCUUCCAGUGGUCAUCCAAGGACCAACCCUCAGGAAGAGGCAUCCAGGCCCACCGAUGACACAAUGGUUCAGGAGCUCCUGAUGGAGCGACCUGCAGAGCCCACUUUGAUCCAGGAGAGGAAACAGAUCCACGCCAUGGAGGUGACUCGGCGGUUCUUUGAUGCUGUCACAGCUCAGCUGGAACUCUGGUGUUCCAGGAAGAUCAUGGAGGUGGAGUGGCAGUCAGAGCUCAGGUCCCGGGAGGAGAGGACAGAGAUGCUGCAGCGAAUCACAGAGCUGGAGGAGGAGCUUCAUAGGCUGCAGACCAAUGAAGAGAAAGAGGACCUUCUAAAAUAAAAGAAACCACCUUGAGAACUGAAGCUUGCUGAUGCAGAUGGUCGGUUACAGGUUUAAAAUAAACAGCUGACUUUAAGUUUUUGUUUUUUGGACAUCUUUAUGUUCUGUUGGAUUUUAUUGUCAGAAAAAUUAGUUCCUGAUUAAAAGCUGAUCGUUAUAGAUGUUACUGGACCUAUCUAUGAAGUUGAAACAAACAUUUCAACUUCAUAGAAUAUUUUAUCCUUUUCCUAACUUAAAGUUCUUAUAAAUAACUUUUUUUGCAUCACACUUUUUUGUGAUUCUGCAGUUUUUGGUUCUGUUUAAGUUUUCGUUUUGAGUUUUCAGUUACACUUUGAUUCAUGUCUUUCUGUGUUUUCUAGGUCACUGGUUUAAUUUCCAUUUUUUGUCAUUCUAGUUGUUUUCUGGUUUUAUUUGUGUUAUGUAUUUAUUGUAUACUCUCUGUUGCCGUCUUGUGCCAGUCUCAUUUCCCCUGGCUCCCUUCUAGCUCCUUCUGUCAACACCUGCUCCCAAUCAUUUGACUACUCGACUCUUUGUUCUGUUUGUCAUUUAUACUCCUCCUUUGCAGUUACUCAGUGCUGGAUUCUCUUCAUUAAACAUUCCCUCCUUGACCUUUGUUCUAAUCCUUUGUUCUGGUUCCUGUGUUCUGUAAUGAGUUAUGUUAGGAUUUGUGCUUCAGUUGCACCAUUGGUUAUACAAUCUGCAAGAAACCACUUUGGCUUCCGUCUCUGCAUUUGGGUCCUCUACUUGACCACAUGACCUGAUACAUUUAAUCUCAUCCACUUUUUCACCUGUGAGUAGAAAUGUUGCAAAUUGUUCCAGUCUUGCUGUUGAUGUCAUUUUUAAGAUUUCAGGAACUCUAAGUGUUCAUCUGUUUAAAAAUAUGAAUGUUUCAUUGUGUUAUAAUUUUUUUUAAUAGUAGCUUGAGCCAACAGCUGAAUGUUUGAUGAUAAAUGCUCUCCAUGCUGUGAUGUUUAAUGAUUAUGGAUAUAGGGAUUUGAUGUUAAAGUGUAUUUCAAGCCACCUUCAGAUUUUGAAUCUUCCGAUUUCAUUAAUUCAUCCUGUUAAUUAUUGUGCCAUUCUGAUAUGUUACAGAAAAUAUAUUUUAUUUUUUAUUUUGUUUUGUUUUUCCUGGACCAAAACUCAUCCGUGGCUGGGUUACUAUUUUAUUCUGUGAAGACAACACUAUCUGAAUCAAGGGUUGGUGGGUCAGGAAGACAUUUUCAUGUGUGCACCCUGCUGUACAAAUAAAACAAUGUGGCCAGAGUAA